UUUCUCGUAUAAAACUGUCGAAGCUCUUCUCUCCACCCCGGCUUCUUUUUUCUCUCUUUUCUUUCUUUUCCUCUUUCCUUCUUUUCCACUCUUCUGGAUCCGAUUGUCUCUAACUGUCAUCGAUACCUAUCGUUCGUUCGUCAUCUUCACUCUCCCAAUCUCAACCUCCCUCUUCAAAUUAUCAAACAUGCCACCAAAGCCCGCCGCCGAGAAGAAGCCCUCCACCGGAGGCAAGGCCCCCGCCAAGACCGCUGCUUCGUCUGAGAAGAAGGAGCGCAAGACUAAGUCCGAGGGUGGCAAGGGACGCAAGAAGGCCCGCUCCGAGACCUACUCCUCCUACAUCUACAAGGUCUUGAAGCAGGUCCACCCCGACACCGGUAUCUCCAACAAGGCCAUGUCCAUUCUCAACUCCUUCGUCAACGACAUCUUCGAGCGCAUCGCUGGUGAGGCCUCCAAGCUCGCCGCCUACAACAAGCGCUCCACCAUCUCCUCGCGCGAGAUCCAGACCGCCGUCCGUCUCAUUCUCCCCGGUGAGCUCGCCAAGCACGCCGUCUCUGAGGGAACCAAGGCCGUCACUAAGUACACCUCGUCCAAGUAAAGAAUUGUACAUCAUAGCCUGCUUUCUUUCUGUAGAAACAUUAAAA